CGCCCCUCCCCGAGUCUACGUAGCCAAGCCGCGGUGACGUGCGGAUGCCUCUAUUUCCUACACUCUGCAAAGCAUCAUCAAAAUCACCAUCCAUCAAGAACCGCUUCACCCCCCUCAUCCUCGCCCCCUCCUCCUUUCUCUCUCUCUCUGUCUCUCUCUCUCCUCUAUCUCUCUCUCCUCCUCCUUCGUUGUCUUUUUAAUGUAACUUCUGGAUGAUCGGGAAAGCAGGGAGCGUCUGGAGAGCCUGGUCCGGUGACUCCAUCUCUGCUGAAAGAUCCGCUCGCAAGGCAUUCCGCUCAUCAUAGCUGGACACACGGACAGGAGGGGAUCCGUUUGUGGAAUAACGCCGCGCUUUCCUGUGGAUUUCGGUUCAGUUGAUUAUUUUUUUUUUUUAAACCCUCCUGGAUGUCGGAGCGCAUCAGACCGCUCUGAGUGAAGCGGUCCUCUCGGAUUUUCAACGACUGACUGUUUAUUUUUAGUCUCACAUCAUUAGUAGUGUUGCACCUCGGUGAUGCAAUGAAGGCUGUUUCAAAGCAUCUAAUGUGACUAUAAUUUUUUUUUUUUUUUUGUAAAAAAAAAAAAAUAAAAAAUAAUGUCGGAGUUUCUUUAAGAGAUUAAAAUCGCGCGUGUUAAAAAAAAAUCGGUUUAAAAUAAAUAAAUAAAUAAAAUUAAAGGAAAGUUGCUUGCGCAAAGUUUUGGAGUCUGUCGGAAUGGCUAUGGUAGCGUGGAGAACCACGGAGGGCGUCGGGGACCCCCAGGGGACUCUCUCCUCCCCGGUGUCCCAAGUGGCGCCUCUGUCUCUCCCGGGUGAACUGACUGGACACAUGAACUCGGCGGCCUCUCUGGAAAUACCCCAGGCAGGAGCGGCUCAGGGAGCACCGCCGCCCAAUCUAUCCGCCGCCGCCGCCGCCGCGUCCACCUCCACCACCACCUCCUCCACGAACAACAACAACAACAACAACAGCACCUCCUCUUCCUCCUCUUCUUCCUCCUCUUCCAUGGACAAACAGCAGAGCCAGCAGAUCGAGUGCAUCGUCUGCGGGGACAAAUCCAGCGGGAAGCACUACGGACAGUUCACGUGCGAGGGAUGUAAGAGCUUCUUCAAGCGCAGCGUCAGGAGGAACCUGACGUACACCUGCAGGGCCAACAGGAACUGUCCCGUGGACCAGCACCACCGCAACCAGUGCCAGUACUGCCGCCUCAAGAAAUGCCUCAAAGUCGGCAUGAGGAGGGAAGCCGUGCAAAGGGGCAGGAUACCCACGCAGUCUUACCACGGCCAGUUCGCGCUGACGAACGGGGACCCUCUGCAGUGCCACUCCUACUUGUCCGGGUACAUCUCCCUGCUGCUGCGGGCCGAGCCCUACCCGACCUCCCGGUUCGGCUCCCAGUGCCUGCAGAACAACAGCAUCAUGGGGAUUGAGAACAUCUGCGAGCUGGCGGCGCGGAUGCUCUUCAGCGCCGUGGAGUGGGCCCGGAACAUCCCGUUCUUCCCGGACUUGCAGGCGCCGGACCAGGUGGCCCUCCUCCGCCUCACCUGGAGCGAGCUGUUCGUGCUGAACGCCGCCCAGUGCUCCAUGCCGGUCCACGUCGCCCCGCUGCUGGCCGCCGCGGGCCUCCACGCGUCCCCGAUGUCCGCCGACCGGGUGGUGGCCUUCAUGGAUCACAUCCGGGUCUUCCAGGAGCAGGUGGAGAAGCUGAAGGUGCUGCAGGUGGACUCGGCGGAGUACAGCUGCAUCAAGGCGGUAGUGCUGUUCACCACAGACGCCUGCGGCCUGUCGGACGUGGCCCACGUGGAGAGCCUCCAGGAGAAGUCCCAGUGCGCGCUGGAGGAGUACGUGAGGAGUCAGUACCCCAACCAGCCCAACCGGUUCGGGAAGCUGCUGCUCCGCCUGCCCUCGCUGCGCACCGUCUCCUCCUCGGUCAUCGAGCAGCUGUUCUUCGUGCGCCUGGUGGGGAAGACGCCCAUCGAGACGCUGAUAAGGGACAUGCUGCUGUCCGGCAGCAGCUUCAGCUGGCCGUACAUGCCCAUCCAGUAGGUGUGAAGGCUACAAGGUUGCUUCUCCAAUCGAGUGAUUUGGUUUUUGUUUAGUUUCCCCACGCCCCCCAUGUAACCCAAAAUUCUCUGCCAGAGGAAUGAGAUUAUUAAAGGUAAAAAACAAACAAACAAAAAAAAAUCAUGCAAUUCUACUAAGUAAUAUCAGCGGUCUGCCUUAUUUUACUAAAAGGGUCCUGAACAAAAUGAAGAACAGGAAAUUAUUUGAAAUCAAAGGGAGAAUAAAAAAACGAGACACAACACAAGUUGACUGCUUAUUUUGGACUGUUUUUUUUUUCUUUUCUUUUUUUGUUUUUUUUGUAAUUGUGACGGUGUAUGGACGCUUUAACAAAACGAUAUUUAUUGGACCUGUGUGUAUAUUUAUCGUGCUUGUAAAUUAUGUUUCCGAUCCUUUUGCUUUCUAAAUGUUGCGUGUGUCGUUUGUUUUUUUGCCCACGGUCAAUGAGGAAACUGCAGGGAGCCUUUUGUGUGUGUUGAUCUGUUUAUUUCUAAUUUUUUUUAUUUGAGUUUUGUCUCUGUUCUUGAUUUCAUACCUUCCAGAAAAAAAAA